UUUCUCUAAAACAAACAGCAAAAGACAAAAUCAUAAAAUUAGUUAAGAACAAAACCAAAGAGAUUGACUCAGCAAAGACCGAGACCAAAGUUGGUGUUCGAUCUCUAUCUCUCCUUGUGAAUUUCGAAUUUCAGAUAUGUCUUCAAGGGAGAGGCAUUAUAGCCGAGGCAUGUCAACUAGUGGUUCAUCAUCAUCAUCAUCCAGGCACCACGAGACCAUCUCUUCUUCAGCUUCUGACCACCGUGUUUCCCACUCCGACGUUCUCGAAAACAAGAUUGCAGCUCGAGCUGCUGAGAUCUACCGGCUCUCUAGCGACAACCGCAAACUAGCUGCUAGCUACGUGGCUCUCAAGGAAGACCUAGCCCUGGCCGACCGCGAAGUCCAGGGACUCAGAGCUCACAUCAUCAAGACGGAGACAGACGGCGAGAUUCAGAUCCGAGGGGCGCUCGAGAAGAUAGCUAAACUUGAGGGUAUUGUCAACAACAGGGAUAACAUAAGGAGGGAGCUGCAGCUAGCUCACAUUGAGGCUCAUACAUUAGCAAGAGAACGUGAGGAGCUAGCUUCACAGGUGAAGGUGGCUGUGAAGGAGUUGAAGAAGGUUUGCCUCGAAUCUGAGGGUUUAGAAGCGUCGAGCCAAGAGCUUGAGCGGUUGAAAGAGGAGCACCAGAGAUUAAGGGAAGAGUUUGAUGCAGAGAAGAGUGGUAAUGUAGAGAAACUUGAGCAAUUAAAAGAGAUGGAGAGUAACAUUAUUGGAGCAGUCAAAGCUAUUGAGAAGCUGCGAAGUGAGAUCGCAACCGCAAGGAGUAGAGCUUGAGACUCAAAGAGAGUCUUUCUAUUUAGGGAGAGAUACAAAGAACCAAAAAACUGUGUUCCUAAUUUUCGUAAUAUAUAACAUUGAGUUUAAUCUA